AAUUCUUCAAUGAAUAACAUCAUUAUGUCGGGUAAUGGAACCACUUAUGCCUUGAAAGCCUAAUUGGGUAGUGGCUCCUUUGGUACAGUCUACCAGGUCUUGGAUUUGAGCUCAAACAAGUAUUUCGCCUGCAAAAUUGUACCCAUAUUUGUUAAUGAAUAGAUUUCAAAAGCAAUGUUAAAUAAGUAUAAUGCAGAAUCAAUGGUCAGACAAGAGAUUAAAAUACAAUCAACAUUAAAUCACAAAAACAUCCUCAAAGUACAUCAUUCAUUCGAAAACAAUCAAAAUAUUUAUAUCAUUUCGGAAUUCUGUUCGAAAGGUUCGUUACAAAAUCCAAAGACUCCCUAUGAAGAGAAAGACGUCUUUAAUGUUUGUAUUUCCUUGUUAGGAGCCUUAGACUGUUUACAUCAGAAUAAAAUAAUCCAUCGAGAUUUGAAAGUAAAAUCUUCAAUUAUAUCUUCUAAAUUAGUUAGAGAAUGUGUUUCUCCACGAAGAUGGUACUUACAAAUUGGGUGACUUUGGUUGGGCCACUUACAUAAAUAAAGUCGAACCCAUUCUUUGUGGAACGACUGAAUAUAUGCCUCCAGAGGUUGUAUUAAAAUAAUAACAUGAUUAUAAAGUAGAUUGCUAUUCACUUGGAGCAUUAAUUUAUGUAAUUCUAUUUAUUUAUCGUAAUAGAUUUUACUUCAUACUCAUUUCCCAUUUCAAGCUAAUUCUCAAUCAGAGUUAAUAUGGAAGAUAACCAAUUAAGAAAUUGUUGUGGAUAGUCAUAUUAAUGAGGAUUUACAAAUUCUAAUUCAAGCGUUAUUAACCAAAGAUCCAAAUGAUAGACCUACUGUUUAAUAAUUAUAUUUAAGUAGAUGGAUUAAAAAAUAGAUGAAAUUAAAUAAUAUUUUCAAUAAGUAUGAAAAUGAGGAACUCAAAAAUAAAUUCAGGCACAAAAAUCUUCCAAUCAAAACAUUAGAAGUGAAGUAAAUAUUAAUUAUGAUUUUUCAUAGUGGAUCAGUCAAAACCAGCCUUUCGGAUAGUCAAAAAACAUCCUUAACUCAUAGCUCUAGUACUCAGUUCAGCUCUUCAAAUAAUCCUUUCUCACCUGCUACCAAUAAGGGCAAUAUCGAUUAGAUAUUCAACUUUAAGGAUUUUGACAAUAUCAACUCUGUACCAUAACCUAAACUUUACUGAUACUAUAAUUUAACUCA